AUGAUGGCGUCGCGCGAGUCUCUCGAGGCCGAGCGCAGCAGGGCGAGCGCCUCUCACGACUCGCCGCCGUGCCCAUGGCCACCGCACGGUUAUCCCGGCCACCGCACGGAGGGAGUCUGGAAGAAGUACGUCAAGGCGGACGGCCGGAAGUGGUACUACAACACCGAGACCAGAGUGAUGCAGUGGACUGUGCCUGAGCCCUUCUGCAAGCUCGACGGAUGCAAUGUGGCAUCUGAGGAUGCGCAAUGCAUCUCAGGAACAUGA